CACGUAAACAUUUGGCGACCUUCACCUUUCCGAAAAAUGGCUGCUCCCGGUACACGUUCUCAGUUGGGACUGUUUAGACUUGUGAUUGUGUCCUUAUGGGUGUUUUGUUUGUAUUUUGCCAUCGUGUCUGCUCAUGGACAUGGCCAUAGUCACGAUCACGAACCAAAGGAACCAGCUUCCUUCAGAUAUAGCAGGGAAGCCAACGAGGCAGAUGGGAAAGAGGGCCAGGGACAUGGUCACGCCCACGGGGGCCACGGGCACGCCCAUGGGGGCCAUGGACACGCUCAUGGAGGUCACGAACAUGCUCAUGGAGGUCACGGACAUGCUCACGGGGGUCAUGGUCACUCACAUGAAGGACAUGGUCAUGGCCAUUCUCAUGAACACGCUCACAGCCACGGACAGCCUUCUGGCAAGUCGGAGUUCUCCGUUGAUAAUAUGGAUUCAGUGUGGACAAAAGGGGAUACUAAAAGUCCAGUUAAAGAAGUAAAUGUUUGGCUGUGUGUUCAGGCCUUGGUUGCCACUCUUUUUAUUAGUGUAUCUCCUAUUGUUAUCUUGUUAUUUGUUCCUAUUGAAAACGCAAAUGACCCAAAACACAAGGACUUGUUGAAAAUCUUGUUGAGUUUUGCAUCAGGUGGUCUGCUCGGUGAUGCAUUCCUUCACCUUAUUCCACAUGCUGUUUCUCCCCACAGUCACGGAGGGGAUGAUCAUGGCCACUCUCAUUCCCACGGUCACAGUCACGGGGACCAUGAUCAUUCUCAUGACAUGUCCGUUGGCCUUUGGGUUCUGGCAGGAAUCAUUGCUUUCUUGUGUGUGGAGAAAUUUGUUCGCAUUGUGAAGGGAGGGCAUGGACAUUCACAUGGUCACAGUCACAGUGAUGCAUCAAAGAAGGAAGGGAAAAAGUCUGACCAGAAAUCAGAGGACACCAAAGACAGCAAAAAGGAAAACGAGGAGGAAAAAAAGAAAACUGAUAAAGAGAAGGAAGAAAAGAAGGAGGAAAAGAAAGAGUCAUCAGACAAAGAAGACUCUUCUAAGGAAGAUAAAACAAAGAAAGACACAGAAAAAGAGGAAAAGAAAGAAAAAGACACAGAAAAGAAAGAUGAUAAGAAAUCAGAUAAAAAGGAAGAGAAAGAAGAAGAAACAGAAGAGGAUAUAAAAGUGGCAGGCUACCUGAAUUUAGCAGCUGACUUUGCCCACAACUUCACAGAUGGUCUUGCGAUAGGAGCCUCCUUCCUGGUGGGUCAGGGGCUGGGUAUCAUCACCACGGCAACUGUGUUCCUACACGAGAUUCCACAUGAGAUUGGAGACUUUGCCAUCUUAGUGCAGUCAGGAUGCUCAAAGAAAAAGGCCAUGAAGCUACAGUUUACCACUGCCAUUGGAGCCAUGAUGGGCACUGUCUGCAGUCUAAUGGCCCAGGGAAUUGGAGAUGCUGCCACGGCCUGGAUCCUUCCCUUCACCGCCGGGGGAUUUAUCUACAUCGCCACCGUCUCCGUCAUUCCAGAACUUCUGGAGGAUACUAAACUAGGCCAGUCCGUGAAGGAAAUAGCCGCCCUCUUAGUGGGGGUGUAUAUGAUGGUUUUGAUUGGUCAGUUUGAAUGAUCUGCCAAAAACUUAUCGAAGAGUACCUGUUAUAGAUUUAACAUAUUUUCCAUGAGAAUUUGUUACUAUUUAUUUUGCUGAACAUGUUGAAGGCUGAUGAUCAUCUUGUGUUCAGGGAACACAUUUCUUACAAAUUUUACUUUUUGUGCUUGAGAAGCAGAGCAAUCGACUGGUAGAACUAUUUAUGGACCAAUUUGACACACUUGUAGAUGAAGGUUAUACAAUGUUUGUAUAAAAAUGCCAAUUGAGGUAGCAAGUUUUAAAUCAUGUCCAUUUUCUUAAUCAUAUCAAAUAAUGCUUGUUGAUUUUCUUCAAGCAGAUUUCAAAGUGUUGUUGUAUUCAAAAAGGUCAAUUGGUACUGAACUUAACAUGCAUUUUUUAUUGACAAAAAUGCAUGUCAAUGAACAUUUCAAUUAAAUGGCAAGGGUGCUCAAAUUCUUACAAAUAAAACCCAAUCAGGUUUUUAAGAAACCUUUUUUUUAAAAAAAAACGUUUUUCUUGUUGUGAAAUAGAUUUUCUUAUUGUAUCAUUUAAUAUGUUGUUGGGAAAGACUGGGUAUGAGUAUUGUUAAGUGUGGUUGCAUGAGAGAUUUGCGAUUGAUGUUUGUGGAUAUCUAGUCAUGUAUAAAAAUUCUACUGUUUUUCUUUAAUUGUACACAUGAAAAUUAACAUAAAAUUAAAGAAUUAUCAGUUUGCACAGAUUUGAGAACCUGCCCCAAAGUGUUGAGAAGUUGAGAACACAUAAUAGAUUAAAUAUAUGGUAUAUACAAGUAUAAAAUAGCAUUGGUUUGCUCUUUAAUUUCAUCUUUUUUGUUGAAUGCAUUAGUGUUUUAUUAAGUAAUUGAUCAAUAAACAAAAUGGGUGGAAUAAGCAUUGUUGUAAUAGAACCAUGCUAAUGCUGUGCAAGACUUCAGAACUAGAUACAUUAAUGUCCUUAUUUAUUCAUUCCAUGUCAUUCUUGUGUGAAUUUGUGAGAAAAAGUGUACAUUGAAUUACAAUGGGUUGAAUGAAUGUGUGAUAAUUUUGUAGUUUAUGGGUCCUGAAGGAGAGGAAGUACUUGAAUAAUAUUUUUUGAAUGGAAAUAGAAAUUUGGAUGCUUUAAUUGUAUUGUUUAAGAUGUCAUUACUUUGAAAUAUAUCUGGUGCCAGGA